UCUAAGGUGUCAAAACAUUUUUUUGACGAAAUCGAAAUGCCUAAAACCAAAAAGUAUCAAUAUCAAAACAUUCACCAUUGUACUUUAGGCUGUGAGGCGGAUGAAUUACUGAACUCCUUCAUUUGUACUGGAUUGUUUAUCCACACCAGAAGAAAGCUGAAAAAAUGUUUUAUGGUAAACUCUAAGCAUCCGCUUACUAAAUAUUACAUAAGAUCAUCGAGUCAAUUCAAAAGAGAGGAAGCACGACAUCUUACAGCUAAUUACAACAUGAUCCAUCCAUUUAGUAUGUUUAGUUUCGCCUUUCGAAUCUACAUGUUUUUUAUUUUGUGUUUUACUUACAUUUGGUGGCCGAUAAUAGCGGCUCACUGGCCCCCAGAGUUGACAAAUAACGUAUAUACUGUUAGUUAUAUUUCCUAUUUAGUUUUGAUUAUACUGAGCUUCUACAGUGGAUACUACGAGAAAGAGAAUAACGUAGUGGUUCUAAGUUCCAAGGAAGUAGCUAGAUCCUAUCUGACAUCUUAUUUCGUAUUUGACAUUGUAUCUAUAAUGCCAUAUUUUCUUAGAAUAUUAACGUGGCAGAACAAGUGGAACUCGGAUAACAUAUACAUUAGGAAUUUAAAAUGGAUAUUACCUUUGUUUGCAUACGCAAGAUAUCUAUAUUUCCUUGACACUCUGCACCAGAUCAAACUAUACUUAGAGCUGAACGUUUACGUUUACAGCGGGAUCAGGUGUGUGAUCAACUUGAUGGUUACCAUUUUGGGAUUGAAUCUGGUCGUUUAUUAUUUGCUGAUUGAAGUGCCUGAAUUUAAAGAUAGACCGCCAUUUGCUAGCGCCAUGUCUACUUUUGAGGUGCUGAUGAUGAUUAGUCACGGCCUGCAUGUAUCCGACCACAUCAUCGACAAGUUAUGCCCAGUAUUCUUGAUACUCUACGGUUUCUUUGUUCAACUCUUACUUUACGUCGUUGCUUACCAACUGUGGUACCAGUUUUCCAGCACAAGAAACCAACAACAAAAAGCCUACGCCAGUAUAGAGGCGUAUAUGGCACAUAAGGCACUGCCAUUAGAACUAAGAAACCGGAUUUUCUUGUAUCUGAAUUUCAAGUUUCAAAGGAAAUUUUAUAAGGAGUCCAGCAUUAGUAAAAUUACGCCGUCAGUUUUGAAAAAGGAAAUCCUCAUUGCGUUAUCAAGAAAUAGCAUUUUUGAAGUCGAAUUAUUCAAGGACAUUCCUAUGGACGGUUUGACAAGCUUGCGAGCUAAUUUGAUAUAUCUGAUUUUUCUACCUGGAGAUGUUAUUAUCGAGGCUGGAACAACAGGCAACAGUAUGUUUUUUAUUCUUACUGGCACUGUUACGGUAACGGCAGUAAAUGGCACAGAAAUUUGUCGGUUAAAAGACGGCACUCACUUUGGAGAAAUAGCCCUGAUGAUUAAUAUAGUAAGGCUAAUACCAGAAGUUUAUUUAGCAGUGAACAUGGAAUAUAGAAGACAAGAUACCAAAUAUCAUAAGUGUGAGUUGCAGGACGAACCCGAUGAUGUAGUAAAGGCUUUUAUAGAUACCGGAAUUUUUAUUAAGAUAAGAAGAAGAAUUAAAAGGUUAAUGAUGAUAAGUCAGCAGCAUCCUCUAACCAGAUUUUAUAUAAAGUCGCUCUAUAUGCUCAGGAAAGAAGAGCAACGUCAUCUAAUCAAGUAUUACUACAUGAUACAUCCACUGAGUAUGUUCGCCUUCGGCUAUCGGAUAUUCAUGGCAAUUCAUUUGUUCGUCCACUAUUUCGUGUGGCCAGUAAUAACACCAUAUUGGUCACCAAUACAAAUAAACUACUUACUUUUGCCUAUUUACCCUUCUUAUGUUGUAUUGAUAGUUCUCAGUUUUUUCACUGGUUAUGCCGACAAAACAGUUCACACCAUUGUGUUGAAUCCGAAAAGAGUGACCAAUGUUUAUUUGAAGUCACAUUUUGUAAUAGACGUGAUUUGUGUUACGCCCUUUAUAUUCAGGAUGUUAUUGUACAAAGGCAUAUUAAGCACGGAGGACCAAUAUGCGCGUAUUUUUAGAUGGAUAUUACCAUUAAUGACAUAUUUCAGAUACUAUUACUUUCUUGAAACACUGAAUCAAGUCAGACUGUAUAUUGGUUUAAGUAAUUACAUAUUUCGCAUAAUAAGGAGCAUUAUAAACUUUACUUCCUUCCUGAUGAUGCUAAAUCUUAUAGUUUACUACAACCUGAGAGAAGUCCCUGCAUACAGAAACAUAUCUCCUAAAGAUAGCACCGUAUCCGUUCUAGAAGUGGUGAUGUUGGUUGGUCAUGGAUUGCACAACAGCGAACUACUGUCUGAUAAAAUAAUACCAAUUUUUUUAAUUCUGUUCGGAUUUAUAGUGCACUUACUAAUAUUUGUUUAUGCUAUGGAAAUUUGGUAUAAGUUCUUAAGCUGUGAGAAUAAGCAAAAUACUGUGUAUGAUGCCGUGGAGGCUUUUAUUAAAUACAAGGCGUUACCUGCUGAAAAAAGACAUCGCAUAUUCUUAUGCCUAAAUUUUAAAUACCAAAGGAGAUAUUAUAAAGAGUCUACGAUAGUACGAAUAACCUCUGACACUUUACGCAGAGAGGUUCUAGUUGAAAUUUCCAAAGAAAGUACAAAGAAAGUUUUCUUAUUCAAAGAACUACCAGAAAGUAUUUUGGAAAAGUUGAGAGCCAAUUUUACUUGCGAAAUAUAUCUGCCUAGUGAUGUCAUUAUCCAGGCAGGGAAGUUAGGUCGAUGUAUGUUCUUCAUUCUAGCGGGAACUGUAGUGAUUAAAACACCCAAAGGGAGAGUGGUUCGUUAUCUUAGAGAUGGUGACCACUUUGGAGAAAUAUCCUUAGUGGUUAAUGUAGCGAGAGUAGCUACAGUAAUGGCGGUAACACCCUGUCAGCUAUUUCGUUUAAAUAGGGAACAGUUUUUGCGCGUUGUAAGGCAUUAUCCUGAUUUACUCAAACAUAUCCAUGUACAGGCUUUGAAGCGUAUUGCAGACAUGUCGUUGCAUACAGAUGGUGCGGAAAUGACUGACAAUGGUUCAGCUGACCGAUCUUGACAGUGUCAAUCGAAGAUUCAAUUAUUAAUGAUAAGAUGUUGAUGCAAUUGUUAAUUUUCUAUAUUAAAAAUUAGGAAAUAAUUUAGCGC